AUGGUGGAGGUGGCGCACCAACUAUAUUUGGCCGCCGCAGAGAAUAUUUCUUCUUAUACUACCACUACCAUCACUACCACCACUACUACCACCACCACCACUACCACCACUACUACCACCACCACCACUACCACCACCACCACUACCACCACCACUACCACCACCACCACUACCACCACCACCACUACCACCACCACUACCACCACCACUACCACCACCACUACCACCACCACUACCACCACCACUACCACCACCACUACCACUACCAAUACAGCACUACCACUCGGCACUAUUACUAUUACUACUACCACUAUUGAUUCAAUAAAUAUUAUUGAUUAUAUAUAA